AUGUACAUAACAUACAUGCUGAACGGUCACCCAGUGCCGUGUUUUCAAAUGUUUCGUAUGGAGCCACCGGAUUUUAGAGCUUUGUGUUGUGAGUUGAGGGAGCGCCAGUUAAUAAAGAGUACAAGGAACCUUGAUGUUGAAGAAAGUGUUGCUAUAUUUCUUUUGCUUAUUGGGCACUGCCAAUGGCAGUGGAUCGCUACAGAUCGCUUUCAACACUCUAUGGAGACAAUAAACCGGCAUUAUAAUAAGGUGUUGAGAGCAGUGGGCCAUCUGGCCAAGGUCUACAUCAAAGUGAGACACAGGACUGGGGUGCACCCACAUGUACAGGGUAAUCCUAAAUAUUAUCCUUGGUUCAAGGAUUGUAUUGGUGCAGUCGACGGCACACACAUAAAGGCCCAAAUCUCGGCAGAGCACCAACGCCUCUUUUGUGGCCGCAAAAAUGAGUGCACACAUAACAUUAUGGCAAUAUGCGAUUUUGAUAUGUUAUUCACGUUCGUAUACGUUGGCUGGGAGGGAACCUCAAAUGAUGGCCGCAUUUUUAAGGAUGCUGUUACAACUGACCAAGGCUUUGAGUGGCCUACAGAUGGGCACUAUUAUGUGACGGAUUCUGCAUACCCAUGCACGCGAGGUUUCUUGCCUCCGUAUAAAGGGGAGAGGUAUCAUCUUUCCCAUUUUCGUAAUAGGCCUCUGCCCCGUGGGUACAAGGAACUGUUUAAUUUCAGACACUUCUCACUACGAAUGAUGUUUGAGAACUGCUUCUCCAGAUUGAAGAGGAGAUGA